UAUAUACACUGUACAUGUUUGAAGAAGGGUUCCAACAUGAAACGUUGUCUGAACAUUUCGAUCAACAGAUGCUGCCUGACCCACUGAUUUAGACUUUAGUCCUUAGACUUGAGAGAUACAGUAAGAAAACAGACCCUUCGACCCUAAUUCUUUGGAGUCAGUUCUGUGGUUUAGAUGAGGCAGGAAGAUAUAUUAAGACACAUUGACACAGUAAACCACAGUUUAUCAAGAAAUUAAUCCAAGCAUGAAAAUUCAACAUUAUUUCUAAAAUAAUGUAUGGCGCACCCACACACACAACCAGUCUGUAAUGACCAUAAUGUCACUACUAUUUUGUGAAUGGAAAUAUAAAGGGUACCACUACGAUUAGGAAUAAGAAGGUUUCACAAAUCUAAUGGUCUCAUCAUAAUUUCCACAGAGGCACCAAAUCAAUUUUCCCACUACUUCUUCCCCCAGAGAAGAUAGACAGGAAGUUGGUCAUCUCAGAGGGCAUAUAUAUAUAAGCUACGAUCUAAAUACACUCUAUUCUUUAACAUCAUUGCAGCAGUGAGCAACACAAUUCAAAGAAAAUGAAACAAGUUUUUGUGGUGUUGCUUUGUCUCAGCGUUGUCAACUUCAAUGUGGCCGGAGCUCCUACUCGUGUACUAACCAGCUGCUGUAUGAAGUAUUCGACACGAAUCCCUGUCUUCAAAAAUAUCCAAAGAUAUGAAAUGCAAACAAUUAAUGGCCAAUGCAGGAUUGAGGCUGUGAUAUUCAUUGUUAAGGGAAAACAGGUCUGCACAGAUCCAAAAAAUGAAAAGGUGAUUGAAAAUUUGAGAAAGCUCGCCGAAAAAGACCAGAGGAUGAAGAUGAUGCUUAUUUUAUGGAAGUAAAGAGGAUAUCUUUACCAACUGUGGAGCGAAGGAAGUUUUCAAGAAAACCUUUUCUACUUAAUAUUCUGCUUUCUCAUAUUUCACACAUUACCUUGAAAAAAUCAAACAUGGAACCAAGGUCUCCAUACAUGCCUUAAAUUGUGAACAAGCCUUAUUCAAAUCUGAUCUUCUCCUUGUUGUUUGAGCUCUACCACACACUGCUUCUUCACCGCCACCUUUGUAAGGGCGGUACAGUCACACAGUGGCACAGCAGUAGAGCUAUUGUUUUGCAGCACCAGACACUCGGGUUCGAUCCUGACUAUGGGUGCUGUCUGUGCAGAGUUUGUAUGUUCUCCCUGUGACCACGUGGACUUUCUCCAGGUGCUCCGGUUUCCUCCCACACUCCAAAGACAUACAGUUUGGAGGUUAAUUGGCUUCAGUAAAAUUGUCAAUUGCCUUUGAUAGCGUGAAGGAUAGCGCUGGUGUAUGAGGUGAUCGCUUGUCAGCGCAGACUCAGUAGGCUGAAGGGCCUGUUUCUCUGCUGUAUCUCUAAAGUAAAUCAGAGAUGGGUUGCACAUCCCAAAAAUGAAUCAUUUUUAAAAA